UUACGUUAUCCUCUUACCAACUCAAACAACCCCUCUCUCUCUCUCUCUCUCUCUCCUACAAAAUCUGUAAAACUACAGAGGGAGGAGAAGAUAACCAAAUUCAAGCAACCAAAUUGUAAUGGAGAAGCUUAUCUAUUCCACAACAACUCCAUUUCCCUCUAAACUCCAUUUAAACCCAUCUCCUUCUCUUCCUAGAAUUCGCCACGUGGACUUUAACCUCCCUUCUUCACUACUGAGUCUUGAGUCGCGCCGAGUCAACAACUCGCUCUCCUUCAAAUGCCUCCAUGAUUCUUCAUUCUCUGUUACCCAAAAUGGACAUGAGAAAAAACCGUUUACAUCUCCGGGUUUUCCAAACGGAUCCGGAUCGGAGCCCGAUUUGCUCAAGCGGAUUGCUGAAAGAAUAUCUCAACAGAACAAGGUCCUUUCUGCAAGUACCAUAGUUCUUCUGUCAGCCGUGUUUGUUAUGCUCAUCCACCCGGUCAUUGUUUCACCAGCAUUUGCUAGUUUUCAAGCUGCAACUAAGACUGGAGGACCGGUAGCAGCAGCAGUAGGGAGUCGACUUGUUCGUAAUGAACUACUAAGCAGUGCAUGGACUGGUUUUUUUGCUGGUUGCCUACACACACUAUCAGGUCCUGACCAUCUUGCUGCUUUGGCACCUUUGUCAAUAGGCCGCACAAGGAUGGAGAGUGCGGCAGUGGGAGCCCUCUGGGGCUGUGGUCACGAUGCUGGGCAAUUGAUUUUUGGCUUGUUGUUUCUGCUCUUAAAGGACAGACUCCACAUUGAAGUUAUUCGUACAUGGGGUACAAGAGUAGUAGGCUUCACCCUUCUUGUUAUUGGAGCAAUGGGAAUUAGGGAAGCAUCUGAAGCCCAUUCCCUGUAUGUUGCCCUUGAAAAUGGCGAGUCUGACGUUAGUGUAUAUAAAGGCAUUGAUACUCCAGUUAUUGGGAAGAAAAAGAAAGUCGGCUUUGCAACUUUUGCGACUGGCAUUGUCCAUGGGUUACAACCUGAUGCACUGAUGAUAAUCUUGCCCGCGCUUGCUUUGCCUUCUCGUUUAGCAGGUGCUGCUUUCUUGGGUAUGUUCUUGGUUGGAACUGUUAUGGCAAUGGGAAGUUAUACUGCUUUUAUUGGCUCAUGUAGUCAGGCAUUGAAGGAUAGGAUUCCUAGAAUUACUGAGAAGCUCACUUGGGCUUCUUCCCUUGUUGCAAUUGGUUUAGGCCUUUCUAUUAUCAUUAGCCAAUUUUUUGGUUUUAGCCUGUAUUAAUUCUAAUCCGGCAUUUCAUUUGUUUAUCUUCAAUACUAGGUGAUGUAUUUUUUAUGAGGAUAUCUUUUUGAGUGAAGAUUCAUCUUCAUUAAUGAGAUUUUCAAGUUAUCCC